AUGGGGAGAAGAGUUGCUGAGUUUGUGCUCCUCACAGUGCUGCUGGUGGCUGUUCUGGACUCUGCUGGAGCCCAAGCUGUUCCCUCAUACUUCACGGUUAGUGGCACACUGGUCCUCAGGCCUGCCCACGUCACUGAACAGAUCAUCAGCAUCGUGUGGAAAUAUGACAAAGACCUGCUGGCUGAGUGGAUGGAAGGACAGAUUAACCUGACAUAUUACAGCAGGUUUAAAGGCCGUUCACACCUGAACACGACGACUGGGGUGUUGGAAAUCCACAGCAUGACUACAGCAGAGACUGGAGAGUAUUCAGUGGAGAUCAACAAUAAUGUCCAGAGUCAGGUUUACCAGGCUGUGGAGAUCAAAUACGUGCCCCAGCCUGAGGUGACUGUGGAGCCGCUGAUGUGCAGCACGACCUCGGAGAACUGCACGCUGACCUGUGAUGGAGACACUGAACAAGCUGAGCCUGUUGCCUAUUUCUGGAAGAAGGGAGAUGGAGGGUGGGAGCAGUCAGAGAAGGACGUGGAGAUCCUCAAUGAUGAGGAAACGCAGUGCGUGAAAACUUUCUCCUGCAGGAUGAAGAACCCAGUGAGCGAGAGAGACAGCGAGCCCAUCGAUAAUCCGCUCUGCCAGGAGGAAGAGCCGGGCUGUGGACUCUGCAUCACAGUUUCACGUGCUGUGAUGAGAUCCUUGCUGAUCCUGGCACCCUUCUGGGUGGCUGUCAGCUUAUGGAUAAAACGAGAGACUCUCUGUAAAUGCAGAAAUGAGGACAGCACAGCUGAAACUAAACCAUCACCAUGA